AUGGACAAUAAUCAGAUAGCCAUUGGGACUUUUUACAAUCUCGGCAACUCUUCUUCGAACUUCGAUUUGACGGUUUCUGAGUCUGCUCUUGACAAAGAUAAUUCUAGCGUGUCAAUUGUCUUAGGAAGAGGUUCUGGCUGUGAUAUCCGAAUCAAGGACAGUCAUAUUUCUGCUGCUCACUGUAAUAUUAAAAUCACAGGAUUAUCAUCGCUUUCUUACAAUAAUGGCAAAAUUCAUGUGGCUAUUAGCGAUUUAAGCUUGAAUGGAACGUUCAUUAAUGGCGUAAAACUCGACCCAGACACUUUGUACCUCUUAAAACCAAAUGACUUGGUAAAAUUCGGCACUUUCCACGAAUAUAUUUUUAAACUUAAAGAUAUCCGCCAUCUUUCGUCUAGAUCUUCUAACCCUGGAGAUCAGAAAUCGAAAAAAAAGGAAGAGGCAAGAUCAAAUAGGAAUAUUUUCGAUCACUAUCAUUUCACCGAAAAUGAUAUCAUCGGCAAAGGCAAUUUUGGCUCAGUUUAUAAGGCUAGAAAUAGACAAACUAACGAAUUAGUAGCGGUUAAAGUGGUCCAGUCUACUAGACCAGAGGAAGCAUUGAUGAUCAAUAAAGAAAUUGGCACCUUAAAAUCUUGUGAACAUAAUAAUAUCAUGAAAAUCAUUGAUCAGUUCCAUCAUCUUGGAACAGAUACUUCAAAGAAAAAAACCCGUACUGUGGUGAAUACCUGUUUGAUUUUGGAAUACAUUGAAAGUGGCGAUUUAUAUGGUAAAGUCACUGGGUCUGUCAACCUGAAAAUUUCUGAGCAAGAAACAAUGUUUUAUUUCGAACAGAUCCUUGAUGGGAUUUGUUAUCUUCAUGAAAAUGGGAUAAUUCACAGAGACAUCAAGCUUGAAAAUAUCUUACUCCAUAAAAGUGCUAAUCCGUAUGUUUCUCGUUUCAAUAAUUAUCAAGGCGAGUCUUAUGGGGACAUUGUGAUCAAGAUUGCUGAUUUUGGAUUGUCUAAGUGUCUUGGAGAAGAACUUUUCACAAAAACCAUCUGUGGGACUCCUCAAUACGUUGCCCCAGAAAUACUUCAGUAUUCUCAUUUAAACCCCACUACCAAAAAAUUUUCCAUUAGACCUUAUGGUAAACAAGUUGAUUUAUGGUCUUGCGGGAUUGUCUUGUUCACAUGUUUGUUUGGUUAUUUUCCUUUCAAUAAUGACGAUCCCGUCAGAGACACCAUCAAGUAUUGCGAAUCAGAUACAUUGAAAACCAUCAGCGCUGAAUCGGUGGAGUUAUUUCAGAACCUUUUGGAAAUCAAUCCGGAACAAAGGUUGAGUAGCCAUGAAGCUUUGAAACACUCUUGGUUCAAUUGCUAUAACAAAUACGCUAACGGAAGCUAUCUUGAACAAAACAAAGAGAACUUCUCAAAUUAUGAUGGCGAUGACACUAUCAUGAAUGAUAAUGUCGUCGCCCAAGGAGAUUCUAUGUAUGGUAAUGAUACAUCAACUCUUGAUAUUGGCGUGAAUGUCAAAAAUAUUCCAAAUACGCACGCUGCUAAUGGACUGGAAUUAAAUCGGUUUGCUAACGAUAUCAUCGACAAUUUUGCUGAUUACAAUCUGGAAAGUGGCACCAAAGUUUUGGGUAGUGAUAGCAGCAAAGGCAGUAAUGUCAGUAUAAAGCAAAGUUUGCUACUUAGCAACGUUAGUAAUGAUUCUAAUCAACAAAGCUUUGCAUUUGAUAGCUUGAAGCUAGAGGAGGAAUUUACAAAAGGUGAUGGUAAUUAUUCCAAUUAUUUUUAA